AUGGAAAGAGAAACCUAUUUUAAACAGUACUUCCACAUGACACCAUCUACAUUUGACCGUCUUUUGAAUAUGAAAGAGAGCAAGAUUGUGAAACAAACUACAAAUAUGCGUGAACCAACUCCGCCUGAGGAACGACUUGCAGUCACUUUGAGAUAUUUGUUGACGGGGGAUUCAUAUCAGACCAUCGGGUUCUCUUACAGGAUUCAUAAAACGACCAUAUCGCGAAUUAUUCCAGAAACCUGCGCUGCAAUAUGGGAUUCCCUGCAGCCUGUGUUCAUGGCAGUCCCAAGUGAAAAUCAGUGGAAGAUUAUUGCAAACGAUUUUAAACAAUUAUGGCAAUUUCCAAACUGUGUUGGAAGUAUUGAUGGGAAACAUGUUGUCAUACAAGCUCCUGCAAACAGUGGUUCAUCAUUUUUCAACUAUAAAAAAACUUUCAGUCUGGUACUGCUUGCAGUUUCAGACGCCAAGUACAGAUUUAUUUACGUGGAUGUUGGAGCGUAUGGAUGGCAGAGUGAUGGGAAUGUUUUUGCUUCAUCAUCUUUUGGAAAAAAACUCCUGGAUGGUUCAUUAGACCUGCCAAAAAGCACCAUAUUGGAAGGGAUGAUGGAGCCACUACCACACGUUUUUCUUGGUGACGAGGCUUUUCCCUUAAAAACCAAUUUGAUGCGUCCUUUUCCAGGUACCGGAUUAUCAAGAAGAUAUGAUUCUAAUUAUUUUGAGGCGGAUUUCGUAGAUCACGAGGUCAGUGGAGGUGCAGUGCAGUGGAAGGCCGAAGAAAAUUCAGCAAUGUUAAAUAUCAGGAAGAUUGGAAGGCCGAGUGCGAAGGAGGCAGUAAAAGUUAGAGAACAAUUCAGCGAAUAUUUUGUCAGUGAGAAAGGGGCACUGCCAUGGCAGGAUAAAUAUGUGUUCUCGAGUGGUCGAAAUAUGAUCUAA